ACACGGAGCCCUAAACACACCAGAGGCGGAAUCAGGGUCCUAUAUCAUGCCAUAGUCUAUCACAUUCGGAAUAGUAAUACCUUCAUAACGUUUCUUUGGUCGUUAAGUUACCUCAGACCUAAAGUAUCUGUGGAUUGCCAUCAGCUGGCAGAAUUAAGAUGUACGUGCAUGGUAAAAUCUGAAUGACUUAUCAUAUCCAUUCAGUGUCGUGCAAUUUAGUCAGGCCUUACUAAAACAAAUGGAAGACAACGAACGAAAGUCCCUACUCAGGAAUGACGGUGAAAAUAGCACAACUCAUAGAAAAGAAGAAAACAAGUCUUCACUUCCAAAAAUUCCAAAUAAGAAGAAGAUUCUAUUCGUAUCCAUGGCAAUGGUGAACUUUUUCAUGGUGACGUGUUACUCACUAAUAGCGCCAUUCUUUCCUGCAGAGGCUGAAAAGAAAGACGUUUCACAAACUGUCGUUGGAAUGAUAUUUGGAGUGUUUGAAUUAGUCAUUUUCUUGUCAUCUCCUGUCCUAGGAAAUUAUAUAACAAAAAUUGGAUCAAAGUUCAUGUAUCUCUCUGGAGCCAUGAUUGGAGGUACUUGUGCCAUACUAUUUGGGGUGUUAGAUAAAAGUCCAGAUGGAAUUACUUACAUUGUUAUGUGCUUUCUGUGUCGAACAAUAGAGGCUUUUGGAUGCGCAAUGCUUAUCACAGCAAGUUUUGCAAUUGUUGCGAAUGUGUUUCCUGAUAAUGUUGCAACUAUGUUGGGUGUGUUGGAGACAGCCAGUGGUAUUGGAGUCAUAGUUGGACCAAGCGUGGGUGGGCUUCUGUAUGAGAUAGGUGGAUUUGGGUUACCAUUCUUUGUAGUUGGUUCUAUAACGAUACUGAAUGCGGUAGUUGGGUACUUCCUUAUAGAGAAUACUGAUGAAACCCCAAGAUCCGGAUCCCAAUCCAUGUUUUUUCUGCUCAGGAAUCCUUUCACGUGGAUCAUCUCCUUCACUAUUGCAUCCGGAACUUUCACGAUAGGAUUUCUUCACCCUACUUUAGCUUUACAUGUUGCAAAAUUACAAGAGUUGAAAGGAAAAACGGCAUUGAUAGGACUGAUGUUUCUUAUAUCGGGAGGAAUAUUCUCCUUCACUGCACCUGUAUUUGGUUAUUUCACAGACAAAAAGGGUUAUGUGAAAAGCAUGAUGGCAGCUGGAUGUUUGACAGCGGCUCUCGGGUUUUUAUUGAUGGGACCUACACCAAUUGGGGAUCAGUUACCAUUUGAACUCUGGUCUGUCAUUGUAUCGCUGGCGCUGGUGGGACUAGGUUUGGGAUGUGCGAUUAUCCCUACAUUCAGAAGCUUGAUGGACUCGGCAAAAGCACUGAAAAUGGAAGAAAAUAUGGAUACAUAUGGUGUGGUUGCUGGUCUGUAUAACAGCUGUUAUUCGUUCGGAGAGUUUUUGGGGCCCACCGUGGGAAGCGCACUAGUGGACAGAUUUGGUUUUGAUUGGUCAGCAACAGGCUGCGCAGGUCUUUUAACAACUUCAGCGAUAAUCAUGACACUCUAUGGUCUCUGUAAGUCUCCUGAGGAAAACACACAUCAAGGACGAAGUUACCAUGUUAUAACUCAUGAAUCAAUCACAAACAACAAAACACCCAUCAAGGACGAAGUUACCAUGUUAUAACUCAUGAAUCUAUCACAAACAACAAAACACCCAUCAAGGACGAAGUUACCAUGUUAUAACUCAUGAAUCAAUCACAAGCAACGUAUGAGCACUAUCAUCUACAUUUAGUGUCCGAAAAUCUUAGUUAUUGAACUAAACCUUACAAUAUUAAAUACUGAAGGAUGAAUUUAUAACUAAGCUCUCAGUAUUUCUGCAUUUUUGUUAUUUUUGUUUCAGCAUCAUGUAAUGCAUUCAUAAAUAAAGAUAUUGAUUUGC